AUCACAUGCUAUGUGAGCCACUCACAGCCGGGUAUUUUCACGGUGGCUCAGACGGGAAGUGGUUAGCUGUAAAUAUUGAUUCUCAUUAUUCCCCAGUAAAAAGGAAUAUUUGACAUUCUCAAAAUGCCUGCAUUCCCCGAGCUCUAUUUUAAUGUCGAUAAUGGCUAUUUGGAAGGACUGGUUAGAGGUUUCAAGGCUGGAAUCCUUACUCAAGGGGACUAUUUAAAUCUUGUUCAGUGUGAAACAUUGGAAGACUUAAAGCUCCACCUGCAAAGUACGGACUAUGGAAGCUUCUUGGCCAAUGAGGCCUCCCCUCUCACUGUCUCUGUGAUCGAUGACAAACUCAAGGAGAAGAUGGUGGUUGAGUUCCGUCACAUGAGGAAUCAGUCCUACGAGCCGCUGGCCAGCUUCAUGGACUUCAUUACGUACAGCUACAUGAUUGACAAUGUCAUCCUCCUGAUCACUGGCACCCUGCACCAGCGUGCCAUCUCUGAGCUGGUGCCCAAGUGCCACCCGCUGGGCAGCUUUGAGCAGAUGGAGGCGGUCAACAUCGCACAGACACCAGCUGAGCUUUACAAUGCCAUCCUGGUAGACACGCCCCUGGCUGCCUUUUUCCAGGACUGUAUAUCGGAGCAGGACUUGGAUGAGAUGAACAUUGAAAUAAUCCGAAACACGCUAUACAAGGCCUAUUUAGAAGCGUUCUACAAGUUCUGUUCUAGCCUGGGCGGAACCACAGCUGACACCAUGUGCCCUAUCCUUGAGUUUGAGGCAGACCGCCGAGCCUUCAUCAUCACCAUUAACUCCUUUGGCACUGAGCUGUCAAAAGAGGACCGAGCCAAGCUCUUCCCUCACUGUGGCAAACUGUACCCAGAGGGCCUGGCUCAGCUGGCACGUGCCGACGACUAUGAGCAGGUCAAAGCCGUGGCUGACUACUACCCUGAAUACAAGCUUCUGUUCGAGGGUGCUGGCAGCAACCCAGGGGAUAAAACACUGGAGGACCGGUUCUUUGAACACGAGGUGAAGCUAAAUAAACUGGCCUUCCUCAACCAGUUCCACUUCAGUGUGUUCUACGCUUAUGUCAAACUGAAGGAACAGGAGUGCAGGAACAUCGUGUGGAUCGCCGAGUGCAUCGCUCAGAGGCACCGCGCUAAGAUCGAUAACUACAUCCCCAUUUUCUAAAAAUCAGUCACUGCCUCACACACUCUGAUUUCUCUCUCUCUCUCGCUGUCAAUCUCUGUUUCUUCAUGAUAUUGUGCCCAGUCUCUAUCCACCUGCACCAGAAACUUUUAUUUAUUUUUGUGAUAUUUUUUAUUUUAUUUUGAAAAACAUCUCUUCCUCUGUAGCACUUGCCCAGCUCUGUUCCUGACAGCCUCUCCUCUCAGCGUCAGAUGGCCAAGGCAUUCAAGAAGACAUUUCUCAUGCCUUGAGAAGAUCCAAAUCAGUUCAUUACUGUAGUGAGAUCAUGUUUACGUUUUCAAUGAACAUCUCUGUGUGAUUGCCCCUGAAAAGCCUCUGAGCCAUGGUUGUGGUCCCUCAGUAGGCAUUCCCUACAUUCUCACUAGCUUAAUUAGAGAAGCUCUGACUUCUCACUUUCACAACACUCUUAGCAGUGGUCUGUGGAGAGCUGGAGACAGCGGGGCAAACCUUGCAUGUCUUUGCCAUUAGACAUCAUGCUUCGCUGUAAAACCAGAUGCUCUGCUUGAAGCCACCAGAGAAUUACAAAACAGAAAUGAGUUUCAUACUGUUUGUUUUGGAGCAGAGGCUACCCAAGAUGUACUUCACCUUUCCUGUCCAUGAUCUUCCUCAGCCUCCGACAUAUAGAGCAUAAACGGGCUUCAAGGUAAAAGUACAUAUGCUGUCGGUGCCGAACGUACAUUCCACCAGUCAGUAUCAUUCCUCAUCUUCCCUAUGUCUGUCAUGUUGUGAAUGAAUUUAUAGGCCUGUACUGUAGUUAGUGUAGUUUUCAAAGUUCCCCUUGGCUUGAGACCCGGCAAAUCUGCCCGUAAAGAAUUGUUAGUGUACAGUGUGAUAAUGCGUUGCAUUCUCGACCCCUCAAACUGGGUAGGAGUUAGUGGACGUGCUGUUUGAACUUUGUUGCGGAAAUGUAAAAAAAAGGAUUAUAUGAAUAAAUAUAUAUGUGGUAUGAGAAUGAGGAGUAUUAUUUAAGUGUUGUUCUCACAGGUACACUAAUCGUCACCCAACAUUUCUGUUGGCUGCAGACAAAUCCAGAGGAAGUCAUGCAUCCCUUAACUGAAAGUCUGCUUUAAUUCGUGCGAUGAAUCAUAGCCCUGAUGUAGAGUCAAUUUCAAGAUCAACAUACAUCAUAGGUAUAUUUUAAAAGAAAAUAUAUAAGAUUUUAAAAGUGACAUUGGUGUGACCUUGUUGCAUUGAAUGAUGUGUUUUCUGAUGUGUCUUUUGUUGUAAAUGUGAAAUUAAAAGCUGUAUGGACUA